AUGCACGAUCUACUACAUAUCUUGCAUCGUUUCGAGUUUAGUCAGCACGAUAACAUUUCUUCUAAUAUUUUUUCCACAGUAUUAACCACAACUUCUAAAUCAACUCUUCUAAACACCAUUAUACCUGAACGUUAUGUUCAAGUUAGUUUUAAUGAACAUUCGUAUGCUAAUAUGUGCCGAUCAGAUGACAUUUUACUCGUUUAUAUCUUAUCGACUAUACAAAAUCUCGAGAGACGCCAUUAUAUUCGUCAAACAUAUGCAAAUCGAACAAAUCAUCCACUACUGAAUCAUACUUGUUUUGUUUUCCUUGUUGGACUACAAUCAUCUGGUGAUCCCGUUUUAAAACAAAAAGUGAAGUUAGAGAGAGAAAAAUACAAUGAUAUUGUUCAAAUUCAACACAAUGAAAGCUAUCAAAAUGUUGUUUUUAAAGAAGUAGGAGCACUCAAAUGGUCAUUUGAGUAUCAUUCUCAAAUUCCCUAUCUAUUUAAAACAGAUGAUGAUCUCAUUACUGACACUAUUUUACUAUCAGCAAUUGUUAAUUUAUUUUUAUACAAUAAAUCGAAUAGUGACUAUUUGAAUAAACAACUCAAUUCAUUUGUCAGUAGUUUAGAUAAAAUAAACAAACAAACAUUUUUUCGUGGAUCGGAUAUGGGCGGCCAACCAACGCAGCGAAACACAGGAAAGUAUGGGGUGAACGAAUUGACAUGGAACUUUGAGGUGUUACCUCAAUAUUGCAGUGGAUUUGGAUUUUUAAUGGCGAAAUUUAUUAGAGAUCGACUAUAUCGAGCGUCAUUACAUUAUUUACUGGACAAUGUUGCGUGGGUCGGUGAUGUAUUUGUGUCUGGAUUUCUUGCAGGCGCUGCUGCAGUGAGAUGUUCUGGUUGGCAGUUAGAUUACGCUCAAGUCGCCGACGGUUGUACUGAGCAUUUUAAGAAAGCCAAUAUGCUUGUAUGUAGUACACCAAUGCAUAGUUCUAUCGACAAAUUUUGUGAAUAUGGAAAAAUAUGGGAAAUUAUUUUACAGAGACAUUCAAGUAGCGACUCUAAAUUUAUACAAAAAACAAAUAAUUCGAUCAGUUCACUCUUGCCGCCACAUUUGAAUUGUAAUGAAGCUUUUAGACUAUGA